UAAGUGAUGAGGCAUUAUCCACCCACCACCUCCCUUAACAUUCUGCGCUUUCACAAUUCAGGAACAUCCAAAUUCUAUCAUCAAUCCUCUGAUUAUUCCUCUUUCCGAAAAUUAAAUAAGAAAUCCUGACAUCUAUUGAUCAUCCGCACAAAUCAUUCGGCUUCUAGCUAAUUGACCUAUGUUUCUUUCCAUGCAACUUCCUCUUGUGGUGAACGUUUGUCUAAGUUUUCCAAUGGUUUACUUUAUCAAUUAACACCCUACCCCACAGCACUAAGAAAAUCGGCAAAAUGGGGUUUUCCUUGGGAUCUUAGCGUCGUGUCGUGAUUUGUGUUUGAAAUUCCCAAAUGUCUGUUCAACAAGAGAAUGGGGAAUCUGAAACCGGAGACGUUUCAGAUGCAGCUUCUUGUCUUCACGACCUUCUAAAAUUGGAAACCUGGGAGGAUAGCCCGAAGAAAUCACAGGCAUCUUCUCUCUGUGCCCGAAAUAGGCUGCAGAGUAUAUUAACUGAAGCUGGCAAUGGUUUUUGUGCCGAUUGUGGAGCUGCAGAUCCAAAAUGGGUAUCCUUGACCAUUGGAGCAUUCAUAUGUAUAAAGUGCUCUGGUGUGCAUAGAAGUCUCGGAGUGCAUAUAACAAAGGUUUUGUCUGUGAAGCUUGAUGAGUGGACAGAUGAGGAAGUUGAUGCCUUAAUCGAGAUGGGAGGAAACAAUGCCGUAAAUUUCAAAUAUGAAACCAACAUCCCUGAAGAUUACAGAAAACCAAAACCAGAUGCUUCUGUAGAGGAACGUGCUGAUUUCAUAAGGAGAAAAUAUGAGCUUCAACAGUUUGUUAACAAAGAAUUACCAACAUGUUUGCCUUUUCCAUCGUCAACUUCAGCAUCCCAUGGCCAUUCUUCUAGUUGUACUUCUCACUCGGGAUCUGAGAAGAAACACUACAAAAAACAAUCCACUACACGCAUUCAUGGUCUGGGGAACGCAUUUCGAUAUAGCUGGAAACGAGAACACAAGGCAACAAAGAAAAGCAACACAAUGGCAGGUAUGGUUGAAUUUGUAGGAUUGAUUAACGUCAAGGUUGUGAGAGGCACUGACCUAGCUGUCCGGGAUAUGGUCUCUAGUGACCCAUAUGUCGUCCUCAAUCUCGGAAAUCAAUCUAUGAAGACACGAGUGAUAAAGAAUAACCUCAACCCGGUUUGGAAUGAAAAACUAAUGUUGUCAAUACCAGAGGAUAUUCCUCCCCUUAAAUUGCUAGUAUACGACAAGGACACCUUCUCAACAGACGACUUCAUGGGAAGCGCUGAGAUUGAUAUUCAACCACUUGUCUCUGCUGCAACAGCGACGGAGUCUUCGUCAAUUAGUGAACCAAUGCAGUUGGGAAAUCAGAAAGCAAGCAAAGAGGAGAAUCGGAAAGCAGGCAAAGAGGAGAAUCAGAAAGCUGGCAAAGAGGAGAAUCGGAAAGCAUGCAAAGAGGAGAAUCAGAAAGCUAGCAAAGAGGAGAAUCGGAAAGCAUGCAAAGAGGAGAAUCAGAAAGCAAGCAAAGAGGAGAAUCAGAAAGCAAGCAAAGAGGAGAAUCGGAAAGCAUGCAAAGAGGAGAAUCGGAAAGCUAGCAAAGAGGAGAAUCGGAAAGCAUGCAAAGAGGAGAAUCAGAAAGCUAGCAAAGAGGAGAAUCGGAAAGCAAGCAAAGAGGAGAAUCGGAAAGCUAGCAAAGAGGAGAAUCGGAAAGCAUGCAAAGAGGAGAAUCAGAAAGCUAGCAAAGAGGAGAAUCGGAAAGCAUGCAAAGAGGAGAAUCAGAAAGCAAGCAAAGAGGAGAAUCGGAAUGCAUGCAAAGAGGAGAAUCAGAAAGCAAGCAAAGAGGAGAAUCGGAAAGCAAGCAAAGAGGAGAAUCAGAAAGCUAGCAAAGAGGAGAAUCGGAAAGCAUGCAAAGAGGAGAAUCAGAAAGCUAGCAAAGAGGAGAAUCGGAAAGCAUGCAAAGAGGAGAAUCAGAAAGCAAGCAAAGAGGAGAAUCCGAAAGCAAGCAAAGAGGAGAUCACCGUUGCAAGAGAUGGUGCCAUCAUCUUAGAAGACGGUAAGGUCAAACAGCAAAUCGCUGUUAGGUUGCAGAAUGUCGAGAGGGGAAUGUUGGAGAUUGAGCUUGAAUGCAUGCCUCUCAUACAAUAGCUGCACAAUGUAGCUUCUUAGUAAGUUAGUCAUCUAUAUAUAUUUGGUCCCUUUUGCUUAAUCUGUUAAUAGAGAAUUAAUCUCAGCAACUGUGUACGUCAUCGUGUUGUAGAAUUAUAAAAAAGAGCGGUGCAAUGACAGGCAUCGACUUGUAGCACUGGAUCGUUUACUUCUCUUGCUAAACUCUAAUUAAAUUAGGAAGAAAAUAAUUUGCUCUA